AUGUACCCUAAAGUGUCAUUAGAAAGAUUACCCAUCGGAGUUCUUUGCACUAUAUUCCGGUCAGUUGGAACCAAACAUCUACGCCAAACCCUUCUUGUUUGCAAAUGGUGGUAUAAUCUCGCAGAGCCAAUUGCAUUCGAGGAUCUUGGUCUACACGCUGACGCCCUCAUCACAGCGUCCGAGGAAGCACAUCAAAGAUUUCAGAAUAAUGUGCGCCGCCUCUCCCUCGAAUUACAUGGCUUUAAAGAUGAACUGGCUAAAAAUAGCAAAAUAAUUUCAACAGAUAAAGCAAUAACGGCAAGACAGUGGAGUAAAACUCUGGCGGAUAACCUGGACAAACUCGGUGCUUUGUCGCGACACUCGGCUCGGUUGAAAUCCUUUGCAUUUAUGGCUUCGGAGUGA